AUGUCUUACCAACCGAGAUCUUCAAAUCAAAACGAAAGCAAUGACCACCAUGAAAAAUGUUGGCUAUACAACCCUUACCAAGAUAUUAGAGUCCCUGCACAAACCCUAUACAAACUUCCCACAUCUCUUGAAUACCUCUUUCAAGAGGAAUCCAUCGCUCAACGACGUUCACGGAGAGAAAACCCGACAUAUUACACCGAAAUCGUUUACCUCAGCGGCGCAGUAGUUGGCGUCGGGAAGGGUUUAGUAGAGGGCGUGAAGGCUUCUGAGGCUGGAGCGCUUUACAAGGCGGCGGCUGUUGCCGGAGCUAUUGGUGGAAUAACGGUGGGAUUAGCCAUGCCGGGGAAGCAUAUUUUGAAGAGAUACGUACCAAUCUGA